AUGCGCACCACAACCUUCCUCUCCGCCCUCCUUCUCUCCCUCCCCCUCACAGCUCUCGCCCAAACAUGCAACAAAAACGAAAACCUGAAAUGCUGCAAAGUCAGAGAGUCAUUAUCCGAUGGAGCCGUGACCGACAUGACCAAUGGGGCCGGUAUUGCGCUUCAUGAUGAGCUGCUGGGCACGGUAGGAGCGUUGUUCCUCUCCCAACAAUCCCAAUUCUGGCAUCACUUCCACCCUCUCCUCACAAUAAACGACCCCAAAUGCCCUCCGACCCUCCUCCGCCGCAGUGCCGGCACCCACCGCUUCUCCCCCACCAACCCCCACCCCCGCGCAAACCACAUCCUCAACGCCAACGCAAUCCUCCUCCCCAUGCAAAUCGCCCACGACUCCAUCCGCCACACAAUCCACACCAUCCAACACAAACCCCCAUACACCCCCGGGACGACAGGCAUUGUCACCGCCGCCGCCUCCUACCUCCCUACCCUCCUCGUUACCCUCCGCCUCCUCCGACGCACCGGGUCCACCCUCCCCGUCGAGGUCUUCUUGGCAAACACCACUGAAUCCGACCCCGCGCGGCCGCUCUGCCAGCACGUCCUGCCGCAGCUCGGCGCUCAAUGCAUUACCCUUUCCACUCGUGCUCCGGGUCUCGAUAAGGCACUGACGAGCGGGUUUCAGAUCAAGCCCUUCGCGCAGCUGUUUUCCUCUUUCGAGUCUGUGCUCUGGCUUGACGCGGAUUGCGUGCCCUUGCAUGAUCCAGCGGCGUUGUUCAUCUCGGAUCUAUUUACGGAGUAUGGGUUGAUACUCUGGCCGGAUUUCUGCGCCAAUACUGGUAGUCCGGUUUACUUUAAUGUCUCCAGACAGGAGGAUCCCGGGUCCACGGUGCGAGCGAGUAGUGAAACAGGGAUGAUUCUGGUGCAUAAGGGCCGGCAGUGGAGGACUUUGCUGCUGGCAGCGUACUAUAACUACUACGGUCCGGAGUACUAUUAUCCGCUACUGGGGCAGGGCGCCCCAGGUACCGGGGAUAAGGAGACAUUCCUCCACGCGGCGAUGGCGCUGCACGCGGUGGUUUAUGCUGUGCGCUCCCCGCCGGUCGAUCUGGGGAGGAUGAAUACCGGUGGAAAGUCGACGGUCGCAGUCAAUGCGGGGUUUAUCCAGGCAGAUCCGGUUCAGGAUUAUGCGUGGAAUGUGGUGAAGACAGCGAAGAGGAAUGAAGGCAAGGAUUUAGGGAAAGAGGGACCAGGAGAGGCCAGGGCAUUUUUCAUCCAUGCAGGCAGCCCAGAGUUCAACCCCGGCAAGACGGGGUUGUUGGGAAGGAGAUUGCGGGGGUUGGAUGGUCUGCCGGCCAGGUUGUGGACUUAUCCCGCUGAGGCGUUGGCGAAGGUGGGAUUUGAUGCUGAGAAGACGUUCUGGGAGGAGACGCUUGCGGUGGCUUGUGAGUUUGGGGGGUUGUUUGAGGACUGGGAAGGGAGGGCUGAAGUGCUUUGUGAGAGGGUGACGGAGCACUAUGCGGCUGUUUUUGGGAGAGGGGGUGGUCAGGGCUAG